CAAUCAAAAUAGUAUCCUAUUGCACAAUGAGCCUCCUUCUAUCUUCUUCUCAUGCAGAUAAGUUCAAUUCAUACAAAACAGGCAGGGAGGAAGACCAAUCAUCCCAAACCUCACAGGGCAGUGUUCAGAAUGGCAUGUUGAACUGGCUUUCCAAUGGUUUUGCAAGUGCGCUGCCACAACCUGCAGGGAGUCCUCAUCUUACGAGAGCCAACUCUGAUGCUAAAUCACUGCAGGAGGAAGGUGCUGCUGACAGGGCUAGAGUUAUUGGCUGGAUCUCGCAGGGAAUUGGAAAGGUGGUCCCACAGCCUGAUGAGAAAUACAUACAGGAAGGGACUCCGGAAUCUGAAGAAGACACAGAGGUUUAUGAAGCCAAGGACCUCCCAGAUCAAGAGCCUUUGCCACAUAUACCAGUAGUAGAGCUGGUGUCAGAAGACGAGGUGUCUGAGGUGGAAAUCCCUGCUCAGUUCCCUCCCAAUGUAAUGAGCUGGAUAAAGAGUGGCUUCCAGAAUGCUAUACCGCACCAUGUGACCAGACCCCCAAAUUCCAAUUCUUCAACACCGAGGUCAUCACAAUGCUCAAACAAAGUAUAUUCACCUCCUCCAGAGUCAGUAACCAGCAUGACGGAGAUUGAUCCAAAAACUCCCAGUAUGGUGGGCUGGAUUGUUCAGGGCCUGGGACUUUCAAUGCCACAGCCGGUGCUUAAAAACAAAGAAUGUUUGGAGGACGGGAGGAUUGUGCAAAAUGCAGGCAGUGCUCGAUCAGUUCCUGCAGAUCUCAUUCUUGAGGAGGUUGACUCUGAAGAUGAGGCUCAAGCAAAGGAAACAUGUCCAGCAGUGAACUCACCUCCAUAUUCACAACAUCAGUCCCAUCCACAGACGUCUUGGUCACCGGAACAAUCUCUUCCACUCUCACAAGCACACAUAGAGCUGGAGGACGCAGAGACCCAAACUGCACGAUGGACGCCCAUGAUCGAGAGCAUCAGGAGAGAGGCGGAGGACACCGCCAUAUUGAUCAUGGAGGAACGGUUGAUACAGGAGCGUCUAGCAAUGGCCCGCAUGGCAGAAGAAGUGGCACGGCACACAGCAGAGAUGGCUGUCAGGGAGUUAACACAGGCCCGGCACGGCAUUCAGACCAUUGCGGAAGAGCCCGAAGAUGUUGAUCAAGAACUACAAUUGUUGCAGGAAGAGGACAGUGAUAUAGAAGUCCCACGGAGUCAAAUUGCAGAGUGUCAAGUACCUUUAGUUAAGGAGUUUGUUCCAGAAGGACAGGAGGCAGAAGCUGUAGACACUGCGUUUGCAGUUGAAACCCCUGUGGAGGAGUUUAAGUCCUCUUCACCUCUUCAGGAGGAACCAGAGCCUGAAUCUGAACCUGAACCUGAAGAGCUUCAUGAGGAGGAGGAGCCCAGAGACUCCAGUGAAGCCGAAGAAGAACCUGACCCGAUCACUCAGCAACCUCAGUCCAUUACCAGCUCCUCCGUUUUACGAACUGAUUCACCGGUGGAGAGUACAUUUACUGAAGAGGAAAGUAGUGACCCUUCCAGAUGUGAUGCGCUGAAGAGCUGUUUCAUGCGUGUACCAUAUGCAUCUCAGGCCCUCAACGGCUUCAACCAGUUCCUGAUAGACAUUGACGUCACCCUGCCCAAAGUGCCUUCCAUGCCCAAUCUGCCCCCUGCUUUGUCUCAGAUCACCCAACAGCUGCCGUCGCUCCCUCCUCAACUGGCACAGCUUCCGCAACAAAUCUCUCAGCUACCCCAACAACUUUCCCAGCGAUUCUCCAAAAUCACCCCACAAUUCCCCAACCAGACGUUUUUUAGUGCUCCUCAGUUUCCCAGCUUCCCCGUGCAGUUAUCCAGUCUCCCACAACAGCUGUCCAACAUUCCGCAACAAAUAUCAAACCUCCCGCAAAAGUUGUCCAACUUUCCACAAAGGUUCACCAGCAUUCCACGGUUUUCCAUCCUUCCGCAACAGAUCUCCAACAUUCCACAACAACUCUCCAGCAUUCCACAAAAAAUAUCCAGCAUUCCACAAAAGAUAAGCAACAUUCCACAGUGUGCCCAGCAGUGUUACACUAACAUUCAGAGCCGUCUCAACAAACUUAAGCCGGAACAGGAUGCCCAAGGAGCAACCGCUGAAAGUAGGGAUCUGGAGUUGGACCGCCUUGUCCGCCAGUCCCCGCUUAAUUCCCCCCGUACCCCUUCGCCCUCUUCCCCAUGCUCCAUCCUAGACCUGCCCAAUGUGCCCUCUUACCCCCGUCUGCCACCCAUCACCCCUUCCAGGCAGUUGUCAGGCGUCUCCAACCCUGCCUUCCACAUUGAGGAUGACCCCACCUCUGCUAGACCCUCAGUGAGCUCCAGACUGAGUGUGCACCCAGCCGUGAAUGUGGAAGAUGUUGAUUCUGACCGAGGGAGAUCUCGCCCUAUACCCCCUAUAAUAAACCCACAGGAUCCCAACCUCAAAACCCUUACUGUGCCUGGUGUCCGUAAAGCCAAUCGAACCAGAGACAGAAAACCACAGACAAUUUGGACCAAGAUCAAGAGACUUUACUCACAAGAUGAUGAGGAAGAGGAGGAGUUAGAAACCUCAGUCCGGGCCUGGCCAAGCCAGAGUAGCAUCUCAAGUGCAGAUGACGGGCUUAAUCAACGGCCAUCCUCUUCUGCCAGCCAGACUAGUACCGUAGUAAACGAGAGAUUACAGGAGCUGGUCAAGCUGUUCAAAGAGAGAACAGAGCGGGUCAAAGAGAAACUGAUUGAUCCAGACAAUUCAGACGAUGAGACACCACCUGGCUCCCCAGCUAAGCAAGCUCCAGCUCCUCCUCCGGAACCUCCAGCAGAGCAGAAAACCGAGCAGGAGGUGCCCGAGGUGCCCGAGGCCCCCGCCGAGAAAGAAGAGGAGAAAACGAAGCUCCUGUGCUGUAAAAUGAAACCUCAGUCCAGGAUUGCUCGUCUUCUGCAGUACCGUUUUCCAACCAGCAUCGACCCCUUCACUAAUCUGAUCUACGUACUUUGGCUGUUUUGCGUGUCUUUGGCGUUUAACUGGAGCGCCUGGAUGAUUCCUGUGCGUUGGGCGUUUCCUUAUCAAACACCGGAUAACAUCCAUGUGUGGCUGUUGAUUGACUACUUAUGUGAUGCCGUCUAUAUUCUGGACGUCCUGGCCUUUCAACCCCGACUUCAGUUUGUGCAACAUGGGGACAUUGUGAGCGAGAAGAAAGAAAUGAGAGAUAAUUACAUCAAAGCUGUACGAUUCAAGCUGGAUGUUGUCAGUCUACUUCCUCUAGAGCUUCUCUACUUCAAAACAGGGUUUAAUCCACUUCUCCGCUUACCCAGGAUCCUGAAGUUUAUGUCUUUCUUUGAGUUCAACAAGCGUCUGGAAGCUAUCCUGACCAACGCUUACGUUUACAGAGUCAUUCGAACCACCACCUACCUGCUUUAUGCGGUCCACUGCAAUGCCUGUUUGUACUACUGGGGCUCUUCAUAUGAAGGUCUGGGUUUCUCAGAUUGGGCCUAUGAUGGGACGGGAAAUAGUUACAUUCGCUGCUACUACUUUGCUGUGAAGACUCUGCUGACUAUUGGCGGCCUGCCAGGACCCACAACACUUUUUGAGAUUGUGUUUCAGCUCAUCAAUUACUUUAUUGGAGUGUUUGUGUUCUCCAUCAUGAUUGGUCAGAUGAGAGAUGUUGUGGGUGCAGCUACGGCGGCUCAGACAAACUAUCGUGCCUGUGUGGAUAACACAGUUAAAUAUAUGGCCUCCUACCACAUACCUAAAGACGUGCAGAACAGAGUGAAAACCUGGUACAGCUACACGUGGCAGUCCCAAGGCAUGCUGGAUGAACAAGAGCUACUAGAUCAACUUCCUGAUAAGAUGAGGCUGGAUAUAGCAGUGGAUGUCAGCUACUCCAUUAUCAGCAAAGUGCCACUCUUUCAGGGCUGCGAUAGACAGAUGAUCUUUGACAUGUUGAAGAGGCUCAGAUCAGUGGUGUAUCUUCCAGGAGACUAUGUCUGCAAGAAGGAUGAAGUGGGCCGUGAGAUGUACAUCAUAAAGGCAGGGGAAGUCCAGGUAGUUGGUGGUCCCGAUGGAAAGACUGUGUUUGUGACCCUAAAAGCAGGAGCGGUGUUUGGAGAGGUCAGCUUGCUUGCUGUAGGCGGAGUAAACCGACGGACAGCUAACGUUGUAGCGCGUGGUUUUGCUAACCUACUCAUCCUGACCAAAAAGGACCUGAAUGAUAUCAUUGUGCACUAUCCGGAAUCCCAGAAACUGCUCCGCAAGAAAGCAAAGAAAAUGUUGAUGAAGGAUAAAAAGCCAGCUGAGAAGAAAGAGGAAGAGAAGGAGCCCAUCCCGAUUAUUCCUCCUCGUGCAGAGACGCCCAAACUGUUAAAAGCAGCGCUGGAGAUGACGGUGAAAUCAGGAAUGAAAGGAACAUGGUCCAAACUGAAGGACGGGACCAACAGAUCAAGUGUCUCCUUGCAGCGCUCCGUCUCUUCUUCUGCGACGCCCAACUCACCAGUCCAUGAACCGCACUCGGAGCAAGAUGCAGACACACUGUCUCAGAUGUCAGACAGCUCAGUUCAAAUCCCCGCGACCCCCACCGGCACUGGGGAAGGGAAUGUAUUUGCUGAAGAGAGCCCAGCAGAGGAAGAAACAAUUGCACAGAGGUAAUCCAGCGGCAAAUAAAUAAGCCAUAAUUUGCAGAACACCGUUGUGCUCAGUGUUUCAACUCUGAAACGGGUCGUGAGGUCAGGUACGGUCACGUAAGUGAACAUCUGGAAUGCACAAAACUGUCUUCUCAUCAGGUAGUUUUCUCUUUCAGAAUAUAUAUUAAUGAAUAUA